UCCGAUGGAGCGGCAGCAGCGGUUUAUGUCACACUACUGAACGCACGUAAACACAGCGUCGCUGUCUCCACACGCACUUUGACGUGUUUACAAAGGAGUUUUUGCAGAUAUCGAGGAGGCUUUAAUAAGAAAAGUGUCGGACUGAAAGACAGGAUGGACAAAUCGCAGCUGUUCUUCUUAUUGCUGUUCUACGGACAUCUGCCAAAAGUGUUGUCGGUGCAGAUGUGUGACGUGGUGAACGAGAUCGAGCUGGAGAGAGAGCGCUGUGAGGAUACCUCCUUUGGGAACGUCUCUUCAGGUUGCCAAGGCAUGUGGGAUAUCAUCGCCUGUUGGCCUUCAGCCAGAGUCGGAGAGGUCGUUACCAUAACUUGCCCCACUUACUUCAGUUACUUCAGCGACGAGCACAAAGGCAACCUCUCCAAGACCUGCACAGCAGACGGCUGGACUGAGAUGCAUCCCAUUGACAUCGCCAUGAACUGUGGAUACAAUCUUAACAGCACCAGCGAUGAUGGCAGGUUUUUCUGGCAAGUGAAGAUUGGCUACACCAUUGGCCACAGUGUUUCCCUCAUAUCUCUCACCACAGCUAUUGUGAUCCUCUGCAUCUUCAGGAAGCUCCACUGCACAAGGAACUACAUCCACAUGCAUCUGUUUCUGUCAUUCAUCCUGAAGGCCAUCGCCGUGUUCAUCAAGGAUGUCGUCCUCUACGACGUCGGGGAGGUGGACAACUGCUCCUCGGGCUCUGUUGGCUGCAAAGUAGUGAUUGUGUUCUUCCAGUACUGUAUAAUGGCCAGCUUCUUCUGGCUGCUGGUGGAAGGCCUUUAUCUUCACGCAUUGUUGGCCGUCUCUUUCUUCUCUGAGAGGAAGUACUUCUGGGCUUACAUUCUGAUCGGCUGGGGUGGUCCAACAAUUUUCAUCACAGCUUGGAGCAUCACUAAAGCCUACUUUAAUGAUGUGGGGUGCUGGGAUAUAAUCGAGAACACUGAUGUGUUCUGGUGGAUCAUUAAAACUCCUAUUUUGGCGUCAAUCCUGAUGAACUUUAUUCUAUUCAUCUGCAUCAUACGAAUACUUCGCCAGAAAAUCAACUGCCCAGAUAUCGGAAGAAAUGAGUCCAACCAGUACUCGAGGCUGGCGAAGUCAACGCUGCUUUUGAUUCCUCUGUUUGGGAUCAAUUUUAUCGUGUUUGCGUUCAUCCCAGAGCAAGUGAAGACUGAGCUACGACUGGUUUUUGACUUGAUUUUGGGUUCAUUUCAGGGCUUUGUAGUCGCAGUCCUUUACUGCUUCCUCAACGGAGAGGUCCAAGGAGAGAUCAAGAGGAAGUGGCGAAGGUGGCACCUGCAGAGAUACAUGGGCUCGGACACCAAAUACCAACAGCCGUCAAUUGGCAACAGCAACAACUUCAGCACCCAGAUCACCAUGUUGACACGAUGCAGCCCGAAAACCCACCGGGCCUCAUCCUCCUGUCACGACGACCUGUCUAGCAUAUGACCCACACAAACGGUGAUACAGACAUUACAUGCUGUACAAAAUACUCUCAUGGCAAACAUUCGGCAGCAAAAGAAAGACGCACCGCCUCAUUAGCACAUGCACUCUGGGAUGAUGUGUUGCUUGAGUGAUGUGGAAAAGGGAAAGUGAUGAGUCGGAAAUAGAGCGGCAGCUUCUAAGCAGCUUUUAAUCCCCACGCUUCUUAAAAAGACUCGGUAUAAGUGACAAAGAUACAGGCACAUUGCUUCACAAGCACAGCUUUUGCACAUGUGAAUGAGAACCAUUCACUCGUUUGUUUUUCAAGAUUCAGCGCACAUGCACAGAUGAAUUUGCGAGUCUAGUCAUUAUGAGUCAUUUGGUCAGUCGUUCAUGUCGCUCAGACACCAGGCAAUGCAAAACGUCACAGAUUAAUGGGGUUAGGUGAGGGAAUCCAAUUGUGAGCUGCACCAGCAAUCUGAUGUAAUUAUGCGUUGAUUAAAAAAUACUUAGUGGAUUCCUGCCGCAACAAAUGAACAAGGCUGGUGUGAAGACACGGCCAUUAGGAGAAAAGGAGCUGAUGUUUUUUUUUUUAAAGAAAAUUAUAAUUAUUAUUAUUGUUAGUGAGUGCAGCGACAUCACAGUCAAAGUACCACAAAUGUGUUAUGGGGAGAGUUUUUGAAUGUAAGUAUACUUAGUGAUCGAAGUAUGUUUUAAGCAUAUUUUUAGGCGACCAAAAAGAACAAAAAUGUUUUUUUUUUCUCCAUAAAUGGCAAAUGAAUGAGCUUUCAGACCAGGUGACCAGUGUGAUUCUGAUUCACAGUGAUGGGUUUGGAGUAUGAAUGCCCUUCUCUGCACUAUCACUCUCACGAGAGACUGAUUUCCCUUUGCAUUCCCCUUUUAUUCAGUACAGUCCUCACCUCUUGUAUUUUGUGUGAUUCCGAGCCGGUGGAUUGUGGUCGUUUUCUGUUGAGGCACAGGGACAGUUUUGUGCCAAUCUCUGACGAGUGCCUGGUUUCAGUGUUUUGAAGCGACUCUUUUAAUCCAAUCUUCACUGGCUGUCGGCUGCUCUGGAAAGUAAAUGCCUUUUUAAAGGUGCAAUGUGUAAGAUAUUGACAGAAUUUUCGUUGAAAACAAAAACAAAUGAACUAUCAUUAUCAACAGACUGUGAGGAUGUUAGCGUGUUUGUUGAGUAUGAUCUGUUUCCGUUUUGGUUGUUUAUUGGAACAAAUUCAAAGUGACAAACGACGAAACGACUUGCACGCUCAACUCGUCCUCACUGCUGCCGAGAGGCUACUUAGCCGUGAGUACGGCGUGUCACGGUAAACACACUAGGCCGACGCCACACACAAAGAUUAUAAGACAGCAGUGUUGUUUUUACCGGCUCUCACAGCAGUUUGGUUGAAUUUGAUGUAUUCUUGCCCUGCUGUCAUAACCGAUGAUUGUAUGAACCCAGUAUUUGAGGUAAAAUGCUGCACCUAUUUCUUUUGGAGCAAGUAGCUCAGUAUUACACAUUGCACCGUUUAAGCAGUUCAGGUCAUGAAUGUUUACAUUUUCUCUACAGUAGUCAUUUAACAUUGUACAGCCAAAAAUAUACAGUGUAAAGAAAAUGAAUUGCUAUGGAUUGUUGUGCUAUAUCAUAUAUCAGUAAUGUGACUGUAAUUGAUGUUUGUUCAUUUGUUGUUUAUGUAGCACUCCGUGGCUCAAUGCUUAGCGUAACAGCUAAAUAGAAGACGCUGCAUCACACUUGAAAUCACUCCUCAGACUUGUACAGAGAAGCUGUCUUGGUGGUGCUUUGGUAGAUUAUCCAUUUAAAAAAAAUAUUUACUGUUUGAAACUGCUCCACUGGAGGAGUUUGAACCUGACAUGUCAGUAGAGACUAUUGGAGCCGAUAUGUAAAGCAAAGCAAGGUGACAGGGAUGACUGGUCCUGUCACAACGAUGCUGUCAUCGGGCUUUUAAGAUUACAAGGUCAGACUUGAAAGUCACAUAAAUGUUCAUGCAAGAGGGAACAUACAGGAGGUCCAGCUGUACCUGGAGGAAAAUAACAUAAUCUCAACCCGCUGCUGAACUGAAGGGUCAGUGAAGCCAAUGCAUGCUAAUAUUGAUCUUAGAAAUGAUGUACAGCAAAGGUCUCUCUAUAUAUAUAUAUAUACGUAUAUGGGAUGUUUUGCUGGUGACAAAAGUGUAAAGAAAUAGUACAGUACAACAGUUUUGGAAAUAUUCACAAAAAAAUGUAUUUCACACUCUUAUAAGAAAUGCAUCAAUCUUAUCUUCUAAUUCCAUUCAAGAGAGCAAAUAAGAGUAUUUCCCAAAAUUUCUAUUUCUAACUAUUCCCUUAAAUACUCAUCGUUGUCUUUGGUGCCUGUCUUUGGUAGUCAGUCAAGUUUAAUUUAAUUUGGUGAAUAUGCCGAUGUACCUCUCAUAAUGGUGAAUGUAAAUAGGUUUGUAUACCGAAGAAGCGAUCCAAGAAUACAGUGUUAUAAAAUGAAUUCAAGGCUGUUUCUAGAUAUUAUCUUUUAGUGUUUAGGUGACCUGGUUGUUUUGUAUCAGUGAGCUAAUAUUAAGUGAUAUUUAAUCAACAAUCAUUCUAAUGUGUAGCUACUUACAGUUAGUAUUCAGUACUGAAGCAUGUUAAGUAUAGAUUUGUUCAUUUGCAAACUGGAUAUUGUGUUGUUUAAGAUUUGACAGUUGAUUUGUUAGUGCAGUAACACUGGUGCAAUGCAUACCAUUGUGAUGCUACAAAUGUACUGUAAGUAUUUAUUAACUUAGGUUUACAUUUCUGUACACAUAAGGCCACUUCUUAGUUUUUUAAAUAAGCAGGUUUUGUUUCAUUGUUAUUUUUAUCAAUAUUAUCUCGGCAGGAAAUUUUACUUUCCAUAAAUUUCCGCCACUGUUCCACUCAAACUGUAUGAAAUGAAUUAUUCAGAAAUAUACAAGAUGAUGAAAAUUGAAUUUUGUACUGAGAUUAUGUUAAACUCCGCAUCAUACUUUGCUUCAACAUUGCUUAAAAAGAUACAAAAGAGCACAUCUCUGAUUGAGUGAUUGCCUCAAACAAAGGCAACAGUGCCGACAGAGCAGUGUUUACCGGAGAGGAAUCAGAGGGCG